AUGCCCUCAGCCGACCCUUGGCCGAUGGCAGCAUUCUCCAUCCAAAUCGGGCACGAUGGGCGCAAGGACAGCACGGCGACGCUGAAACGACAUGAUGCCCGAUCGCGGCCAAGUCGAGAGCCUGAGCAAUUUACCACAGGCGCCCUGUUGGUGGAAGGGCUCGAUGGAAAGACGCAAAAGAGAGAGCACUGGCCGCUCCAGGUCAAAGCUGGGGGCUCUGUCUCAUUCAUGCGCUGUAGCGGCCAGAGUGGUCAGGGCCGGCCAGCCAUCGCCUCGUCCAUGCGCAGGUGCUGUACUUACAUUACGCACGAGUAUCUGCGCAGCGAGUGCUUGAUGUGCGUAUUCCGCCAGCAGCCGCAUGAUUGGUACAAGCGCCAGCAGGAGUACCUACCUGGUACCUUGGUACCUGUAGCUGAUGGCUUCGCCUCAGCCCAACAAGCUGCCUCGUCAGACACCGCAGAGCCAUUGGCGAAUGAUUCUUGUCAAGGCAGUCGGUCACAGCUGAAGCAAGGCGAACCAGGCCAGAUGCCCAACAUGACAGGACCAGAUAAUGUCAUCGGCUUGAAGGAAGGCCCCAGCACGUGCGGUCAGGUCAGCUUCACCCUGUCCGUCACGCCGCCGAGUUACCGCAUGACCGGCCUCGUUCUCCUUGUGUCCAUCGAGCGCGCUCCUGAUCGGUUUUGGGUCGAGUAA